AGAGGUCAGCAGGAAGAUGGUGUAGAACGACCAAAGACCAAGAAAAAAGGCAGUCAGGCAAAGAUGAAGAGUAUUAUAUCCCUUACAGACCUAAAGACUUUGACUCUGAGAGAGGGUUGAGUCUCGGUGGAGAGGGCAGUGCUUUUGAACAGCAGGCCUCUUCAGCUGUCCUUGAUCUCAUGGGAGAUGAAGGCGAUCGCCUUAACCAGCAGAAAAAAAUGAUGAAAUGGGACCGUAAGAAGAAGCGUUUUGUGAGAGAAACGGGAAAAGAAGACCAGAAGAAGAAGAUCAAAACAGACAGCGGUCAGGUUAUCAGUAACAAGAAGAACAGGAAGAACUUUUAUGAGGAGUGGAAGAAAAAUACAAGAUUGAUGAUACAGGAUCUGGAUCAGACGGAGAAACAGGCGGAGGAGGCAGGAAGCCAGCAAGAGGUCGUGGCCGUGGCCGACGAGGUCCAAACGUACAGAGCUCCGGUGACCACAAAGCACGCUCGGAGCUGAAAACAAAGGAUCAGAUCUUGAUGUGAUCAGAUCACAUCAAGAAAAAGCAGAAGCACCAGUUCCUGCAGGGCGGGGG